GGGCGGUGAUAAAAGCCCCGCAUGAACCAUCCUCCCUCCCUACCUUGCAGUUGACCUGCAUCUACGAUUAAUCACUUACAACCUACUACUCAACUAAUACUCAACUAUACGAGAAGCAUGUCAAGCUUGCCGACUGCUUCGAAGGACGUGAGCGACCAGCCUGGGAAGAAUGCCGUCACGGAUCCUGUGAUGCGCGAGAGGAUGCAGAUGGAUGUUGACCGCAAGAUGCGCUUCUACGGUAUCAUAGAGGCCUUCCGGAACGGUAAGAUGCCCGACAACCAGCAGAUUGACGAGACCCUGCGCUACGUCGAGUCCCAGUCUCCGAUCGACGAAAGCCAGCUCUCGGGCGAAGGACGCAGGCUGAUCGCCGACACUCGUGAUAUUAUCGAGACCGCUCGGUUGAUCGUCAAGGAGAAGAAUGCGGAUGAGCUAUUUCAGAACUUUGUGUUUCACACGGCGUAUGUCGACCCUGGGAGGAGCAAGAUCGAGGGCGACGUACUGCCGGUGGAUACGCAAACAGUGAAAGCUGAUGGUCAGCAAGCUCUCGUACACCUUCGCACUCUCCUCACCCUAUUCCUUACCAACUCUGAAUUCCGCAAGCUGCUUAACGACGUCGGCCUCAUCGGGCGUGACAUGUUUGCCACGGGCGCUGCCAAGAUCGCUGAGGCUGCACGUCCCGAUGCGGAGCGCAUGGCUCAGGUAGAUGAUGCUGCACCUGCGGAUCAGUGGCAGGGCGCAAAUGGGAAGGUCCAUGGCCCCAACGAGACCCCUGCGCUGCAGGUCAAUCUCCCUGGUGGGAGGUCGAUCAUCCAGCACCCUAAGGAAGACUUUGGCGCUGGCGCGACAGUCCGCGAUAAGGACGGGAAGGAGAUGAGCGGUGCCGAGGCUGCGAACAAGGUCCAGGCAAAGAAGGACGAACUGGUUGAGCGCGGCACACAAGAGGCGCAAGACGUGCAGCGAGAGGUGAAUGGGAACACUACCGCUGACGAUACGAGCGCUCAGGCGGGCGUUGCUAAGCGGAGCUUGAAAGACAAGCUUCUGGGCUUGAAGGACAAGAUCCCGCAGGAACACAAGGAUCGGGUCGAUGAGCACAAGGACAAUGUGAAGCACUUCUUUGAGGAAAACUUCCCUGAAGAGCGGCGCGAUCAGUUCAUCUGGCGCAUGAAGAAGGUCGUCGUCGAGUGUCAAAAACACGAUGAUUAUCAGGGAGCGAUGAACUGGUUCCUCAACUUCCUGGAGACAUACCACGCGCACGGCAAGGCCCUCGCAGAGACGGGUGUACGGUCCGCCGGUCACGUCGCGGAAGACCCUGCCCUCAAACAGGCUGUUUUGGAGCUCCGUACCCUCCUCGAGCGCUUUGCGAACAAUACCUCGCUCGAUGGGAUCAUCAACGCAACCCAGGACCUGUACAAUGAUGCGCAGAACGACCCCGCUCUCCGUGCAUGGUUCGAGAAGCUCGACGCGUUCGUCCGUCGUACCCUCCUGCAACCCGCAUAUGUCCUCCAGCCUCAGUACAACGAAGAGGGGCGUGCGCUGCUAGACGAGGGCAAGGGCUUCUUCGAUGUGAAGUAUCGGGCCCACAAGGACAACCUCUUCGACCAGAUCGAGGCCUGGUUCGUUGCCUUUGGCGAAGAUAGGCUCAACAAGCGCUUCGGUGAGGACUGGAGUCGCCUCACCAAGGAUAUCCUAUUCGACGACGAGGGCAAUCUCGCUUUCAAGCCUCACCUGUGGAACGAUAUCCGCCAUGUCAUCCUUCCCCAGAUAAUCGAUCAAGUCGGUUAUAUCCCCAUUCCGCGUGUUGAAUACACAGAUCCGACAGUUGAUCUAGUCAUCGAGAACCUCACCCUGCAGGGUGCAAACAUCUUGCCAAAUAUCAUCGAGGUAGAAGCCCAGAACUAUGUCAAGUUCUCGCCCUACUCCACCAUCCCUGAUGUGCAUCAUCACGAGCUCAUCUUGACGCUUGGGCAGAUGCAGGCAGAUAUGCGCGAUGUCGCAUUCUGCUUCAAGAAGAAGAGCGGGUUCCCCCGGCUCUCCGAUCACGGUCUGGCUGAUGUCAUGCUCGGCGGUACCGGUCUAACAGCCACUGUGCAUAUCGCUUCCGCCAGUAAAGACUCGUCCUCGGUCUUCCAUGUUCAGAACGUCAACGUGAAGAUCGACACGCUCAAGUUUGCCAUCCGAGACUCCAAGCACGACACCUUGUACAAGAUCCUACGCCCGCUUGCCACAGGCCUCAUCAAGAAACAGAUCCAGAAGGCGAUCCAGGACGCGAUCCGUACUGGGUUGGAAUACGUUGACGGGCAGCUGGUCACCGUCCGCGACCGGAUGAACGAAGCCAAGGCACAGGAUGGCGUUUCGCGCACUGAUGUGCUGAAAGAGAUCUUCCAACGGAAGAAAGAAGAAGCGCAGAGCGUCAAGGAGAGGAAAAGCGAGUUCAAGAUUGACACCAGUCGGAACUCGAUGCUCCUACCUGAUGUAGGGUAUGAGAAGGGCUGGAUACAAAAGGUUUCUGAUAGGAAGGACGCUGCCGCUGCUGGCGAGGGCUGGCACUCUCCUGCAUUCUCGAUCAUCAACCCCAACGCGACGCUCAAAUCCCACAAAGUAUGAUUCUUUGUCUCGUGCGAACAGCGUCUGAUUUUCUUGCGAUCCCGAACACUCCUCUCUAUGGUAUGCUUUUCUGUAUAUAACUUCGGCGGUGUACCUCUACU